AUGGAGUGGCUCCGGCGGCCAGCAGCCCGGGCGGUGCCAGAUGCGCCCGUGAGCAGCAGCCUGGGCGGCGCGAGAUGCAGCAACUGCUACUUGCAGCCGGCCAUGGCCGCCGCAGCCACGGCCAGAGCAACGCCGGCAGACCAGCACAUCGGCUUGGGCGUUUGUCCGGGCCAGCCCUCCGACUCCGAUUCUCCCCGACCAGGCGGGGGACGGUUCAAAAUAGUCGAUGCCCUAGCGGAACAGAAGACGCGGUACCCUAAAAAAAAACAGGAGACGGGCGGAGACGGAGGCGACCGCCGCCCCGACGCCCCGCCGCACCCCCGACGCUCCGCCGCCCCGACGCACCCCCGAGACUCCGACGCUCCGCCGCCCCGUCGCCCCUCCGACGCUUCGCCGCCCCGACGCACCUCCGACACUCCGCCGCUUCGCCGCCCCGACGCACCUCCGACACUCCGCCGCCUCGACGCACACCCAACACUCUGCCGCCCGACGCUCCGUCGCUCCGCCGCCUCCUCGACGCCAGUCCUCGUCCUGCAGGCUGUCAUUCUCCCCCAGGGUCAGAAGUGGACGUUUGAAACCAAAGCUGCAGGAGGCUCGUAUACUAGGGUGAGGCUUGACAGAGCGCUCGGUUCAGCCGAGUGGUGCGCACAAUUUCCCCUUGCUGUGGUAGAACAUCUGACUGUUGCAACCUCUGAUCAUUCCCCUCUUUUGCUAAAGCUCGAUCCACCAACUAGAAGGCCGGUACAGGAAAGGCAGUUACGUUAUGAAUGCAUGUGGGACACGCACCCUGAGUUAGUCCCCACGGUCCAGCAUGCAUGGGUGGCAAACGGCCCUAAUCUAACGGUGGCCGAGGUUCGUGCGAACCUAGAAUCCUUGUCUAACAACUUAGGCGAGUGGAGUAAGUCAACUUUUGGCAAUGUCAAGGCUGAAAUAAGAAGGCUAAAGAAGGACUUACAACGGCUCAGAAGUAACCCGCUCAGAGUAGGCCUGAGCCAUGUAGGGAUCAAAAUUAAUGAUCGUCUAAUUGAGCUCUAUCUGCGUGAGGAGGUGAUGUGGCGCCAAAGGUCCAGGGUGGAGUGGCUAUCUGCAGGUGACAGGAAUACACACUUUUUCCACCUUCAGGCGUCGAUGCGACGGCCAAAAAAUCCGAUUAAAGCUCUACAGAAACAAGAUGGGCAACUAACAGAGGAUCUCACGGAGAUGCAGCAACUUGCCCAAGAAUUCUAUAAAAAUCUCUACACUUCCGAAGGAGUGGAAGGAGUAGAUGAUGUUCUCUAGCAUGUACCUUCGAAAGUGACAGCUGCUAUGAACGAGUCUCUCAUGGCACCUUACAAGGAGGAAGAAGUGAAGAAGGCGUUGUUCCAAAUAUUCCCUACUAAGGCGCCCGGCCCCGAUGGGUUUCCGACGCACUUUUUUCAGCGCCAUUGGGAUAUAUGUGGAGCUUCGGUUACAAGAGCAGUAUUGAGCAUAGUCAGGGGGAGGAGAGCCCGACCUGUGUUAACGACACAAUGUUGGUUUUAGUCCGAAAGGUAUCGAAUCACACCCUGUUAUCUCAAUUUCGACCGAUAAGCCUAUGCAAUGUCUUUUAUAAGAUAGCUUCGAAGGUACUAGCCAACCGUCUAAAGUCAAUACUUCCAGACAUUAUCUCAGAGGAACAGUCUGCCUUUGUUCCUGGAAGGCUUAUUUCUGAUAAUAUUAUCUCAGCAUAUGAGUGUUUGCAUUUUAUGAAAAGGAACCGGUCAAAGAAAAAUAACCACUGUGCGCUCAAGCUCGACAUGAUGAAGGCAUAUGAUAGAGUUGAAUGGAAUUACUUGGAAGCAAUUAUGAAGAAGUUGGGCUUUGCUGCACAAUGGUAUCCAUUGUCAUGAACAUGGUCAGAACAGUCUCUCUUUCAUUCUUGUUUAAUGGAAGUAAGUUGGAGGAGUUCAAACCAACUCGAGGUAUCCGUCAGGGAGAUCCUAUCUCUCCAUACCUUUUCUUGCUGGCAGCAGAGGGCCUUUCGUGCCUCUUGAAAUCUCAAAAUGAAUCAUCCCAACUCAACGGCAUUAAGGUGGCGCCAUUGGCACCAUCGGUGAACCAUCUUUUCUUCGCGGAUGAUAGCCUGCUGUUUUUCAAGGCUAGUGUAGAUGGAACGGAUGAGGUGUCACACCUUUUGGAUACAUAUUGCAGGGCCUCGGGCCAAAGGAUUAAUAGGGAAAAAUCUUCUAUUUUCUUCAGCAAGGGAUGCCCCUAGAUUGUGAGAGACGUAGUUAAGGGAUGCUUACAGGUUCCCAAUGAGUCUUUAAGCGACAGAUAUCUUGGCAUGCCCACAGAUGUGGGACACUCAAAGAGGGGAAC